AUGAAAAUUGCAGCUUUAGGGUUGGCACUCGUUGAGGCCGUGGAUCUGGACUAUUUCGAGAAUACAGGGGAGUCCCUUCCCGGCUACAACAUGGGAAAUAUCCUGAGAGCCGGAGCAAAGCUUCUCCCAACCCAGCGAGCAUUGAAAAUCGGCGACAAUCGAGACAAAGUUGCAGACAUUCUCUACUGGCUUCUUCAGAACUCACCUGAUUCUGCAAAUUUGCCGACUUAUGACCAAAUUCUAAAUGGCUACGGCUGCUGGUGCCAGUUUUAUAGUCCGGAAAAUUGGGCGAACUCGAAUAAGGGAACGCCAACGGAUAACUUGGACACUGCUUGUCGAAGUUGGAAUAAGUGCUAUGAUUGUAUCAAUCAAGACGAUUCUAACUGUAAUGGGAUAAGCUCAACCUACAGUGAUGUCCUGUAUUUUGCCGAGAGCUCAGAAAUCUCAUGCGAGCUUGCCGGGGCCGAGGGAACCUGCGAGCGAAAUGCCUGCGAAUGCGAUGUCAAACUCGCGGUCUCUCUUUUCCAAUCUGCGAUCGAAUUCAACGAUGAGUUUUCCACAGAAAAUGGCUUCGACACUGCAACCUGCAUCGCAACCGGCGGUGGACCUGGCUUUCCACCAGAUCAAUGCUGCGGAGCUUAUCCCGAUAGAUUCCCUUAUUACUCCUACGAUAACACAAGAGGCUGCUGCGGAGGAAAAACCUUCGAUAAGGAUACACUCCAAUGCUGCGAAGGUGGACAAGUUGCUGUUGUUUGCGAUGGAAUGAAUUAUGGCAAUCCUUAUGGAUAG